AGCCCAACUCAGUUACAGAUUCACUCAACUCAACUCAAGUGCACAACCACAGCACCAGCUGAAUCUUAGCUGGAUGCACCUCCUUCCUUUUCAUUUUCCUUUCUCCCUCUCUCACUCCCAAGAAAACAAAAGAGAAGAAAAAUAGUCCCCACGAAUCUCACCCAUCCAUUCACAGCAACACUCACACACGAUGCUCUCCUCCCUCUCCUUCUCCUUCUCCUUCUUCUUCUCUUCCUUGUUGUUUUGGUCAUGUCAAUCCUUUCCCAUUCAUAGCCGUCGGAUCCUCCAUCAACCUUUCUUGCCAUUUGGAUCUACUCCGCCGUCUGAUCCUCCUCCUCCGGCUUCUCCUCCGCCUUUUUCUUCCACUUCUCCUCCUCCCGACUCUCCUUUCUUCCCCUCUUUCUCUUCAUCUCCCCCUCCUCCUUCUCCUUCCUCCUUGGCUUCUUUCCCCGCCAACAUUUCCUCCCUCGACAUCCCUCACGCUCCCUCUCCCAACCACAGCUCCCGCACUGUCCUCAUCCUUGCCAUUGUCGCCGCCGUUUCCGCUUUCGUCGUCUCUGCUUUACUCCUCUUCUUCUAUUGCCGCCGCCGCAAGCAGAAACGUAGUUUCGUCGACGAUAACAAGACCUUAACGUCCAACAAUAGUAGCAGGUUGUACCCCAGCAACAAUGUUCAUAAUGCUCGUAAGCUGAGGACAACUUCCGCCACUAGUUCCGAGUUGCUUUAUUUGGGUACGUUGGUAAAUUCCCGAGGCGGGAUCGGAGAUGGCUCCAAUAAUUCGCCGGCCAAUGCUAGGUUUGAUCCCAGGAAAAUGGAUUCCCCGGAGCUCCAGCCGUUACCGCCGUUGUCUCGACAGAGCACCGGUCGGAACUUUCGAGCCGGUGAAGUUGAGUCGGUUGCUGAAGAAGAAGAGGAUUUUUAUUCACCAAGAGGAUCUCUCGAUGGCCGAGAUAGUCCUAGUCGAAAUGGAUCCGGGUCAAGAAGAGUAUUCGCGACGAUUGCUGUAAAAAACAUUGAGUCUACAAGUACUUCCUCGUGUUCAUCUUCGAGUUCAAGUUCCUCCGGCGGGUCUCAUUCACUUAGUAUUUCUCCGCCGGUUAGUUCGAGUCCGGUAAGAUCUGACCCGAAAUCUCCAGGACUCGUGCAAGUUCAACCUUCUUCAACUCCGGGGAGGAUGUCAGCUGAUUCGCCACGACUUCCCAAUGCGUCCAAUGGAAAUGUACGAUCUCCCUCGUCGUCUUCAACUUUAACGUCACCGGAGAGGGAAAAUCCAGAAGGCCGAAGCUUGCGAUCUCCUUCGUUGUCUCCGAUGUCGAUCCCGAACCCAGAUUCACAUGUUGUUUCCGAUCGAAACAUUGGAUCACCAUCACUGUCUUCGGCUGCUACUUCGCCAAAUAGAACGUUGAUCGAGAAACUAGAUGCAUCGAUUAGAAAUUUCAAGGAUUUGGUUCGAAAUAUGGGGACUCCAUCGAUUUCAGCUUCAGCUGCAACUAGUUCAUCAGCCAAAGGAUCUCCGGUUAAUGAUAUGGGUCGAAACCGAACAAGGUCCCCAUCAGUUCGUUCAGCUUCGGCUUCUCCUGAGAAGAACAUGGUAAAUAAUCCGAGUGAAUUUCCAAGAAUGGUUAGUGAGUUGAAUCCAAUUGUUAGGUAUCCUUCAAUGUCAUCAGCCUCGACAUCACCGGAAAGGGCUUUGAAUGAAAAUGAGAAUGAGCGGUCUCCUUUACUAUCACCGGCUUCACCAUCAUCGGAUGGAAGUUUUGGGAAAAGCCCAAAGAAGUCACCAUUGGUGGUUGCUUUUUGGGAUUACAAUAGGAGCUCUUCGUUCUCAUCUUCAGCUUCUUCAUCACUAAGAAGAGAUUCGGAGAAUAGUCCUGAUGCAUCUCCUGUAAGAGUUAGCGGAGAUUUAGAGAAGCCUAUGUUGACUCCACCGCCGCCGCCACCACCACCUCCUCCUCCGCCUCCUCCGAAGCAACGACGGCUCUGGGAGAAACCACUUCCAUCAGCAUCUAUAAUAAAACAAAUAUCGAAGCCGCCUCCUCUUGUGCCCCCUUCGAUGCCUUUUAUGACACACAACCCAAUUAGUAUUUCUCAAGUCGAGUUGCCUACAAGGUCUGAGUCUGAGGCAGUGGAGGAAGAGGAUGCGGAGGAGGCUUCAAAACCCAAGUUAAAGCCUUUACAUUGGGAUAAAGUACGAGCCAGUUCUGAUCGUGAAAUGGUGUGGGAUCACCUCAGAUCAAGCUCAUUCAAGUUGAAUGAGGAGAUGAUUGAAACACUAUUUGUCGCAAAAACACCGAAUCCUAAACCAAAGCAAGCAACUCCACGUUCUGUUCUUCCUUCACCAAACCAAGAUAACAGAGUGUUGGAUCCCAAAAAGGCACAAAACAUAGCAAUUUUGUUGAGGGCACUCAAUGUGACCGUCGAGGAAGUUUGUGAAGCCCUUUUAGAAGGUAAUGCUGAUACACUCGGCACUGAACUUCUUGAAAGUUUAUUGAAAAUGGCUCCGACCAAGGAAGAAGAACGCAAGUUGAAGGACUACAAAGAUGAUUCACCAGUCAAGCUUGGGCCAGCUGAGAAGUUUUUAAAAGCAGUUCUUGAUAUACCCUUUGCGUUCAAAAGGGUGGAUGCAAUGCUCUACAUGGCUAACUUCGAGUCUGAAGUUGAAUACCUUAAAAAAUCUUUCCAAACUCUAGAGAAUGCUUGCGAGGAAUUGAGAACCAGUAGGAUGUUUUUGAAGCUUCUAGAGGCUGUGCUCAAGACUGGGAACCGCAUGAAUGUCGGGACAAACCGUGGUGAUGCCCAUGCCUUCAAACUUGAUACACUCCUUAAGCUUGUUGAUGUGAAGGGUGCGGAUGGGAAGACCACACUCCUGCAUUUUGUUGUACAAGAAAUCAUAAGAACUGAGGGUGCUCGUCUUUCCGAUGCUGACCAAACUCAAAGCUCCACUGUAAACGAAGAUGCUCGGUGUAGGAAGCUCGGUUUACAAGUUGUUUCUAGUCUCAGUUCAGAGCUCACCAAUGUGAAGAAAGCUGCAGCAAUGGAUUCCGAGGUACUUAACAGCGAUGUCUUGAAGCUUUCUAGAGGCAUCGAAAACAUCAGCGACGUUCUAAGAUUAAAUGAAAAAAUGGCAUCGGACGAGAGCCUGGAGAAGUUUUCCGAAUCAAUGAACAAGUUCAUGAAAAUGGCCGAGGAAGAGAUUAUAAGGAUUCAAGCCCAUGAAAGUGUGGCCUUAUCUCUGGUAAAGGAGAUUACUGAAUACUUCCAUGGGAACUCAACAAAAGAAGAGGCCCACCCAUUUAGAAUCUUUAUGGUGGUGAGGGAUUUCCUUACGGUUCUUGAACGGGUCUGCAAGGAAGUUGGGAUGAUAAAUGAACGAACCGUUGUUAGUUCUGCCCAUAAAUUCCCAGUCCCAGUGAAUCCAAUGAUGCAACCAGUGUUCCCAGUUCCAGUGAAUCCAAUGAUGUCCCAAGCUUUUGCUGGAUUUCAGGGUAGACCGCGGUAUGGUUCUGGUUCUGAUGACGAGACUGCAUCACCUUAGUUGUUUGCUGAAGCUGUAAGAUAGAAGCUACCAAAAUUCGGUGGUUUAGGUUUUGCAUGAAGCUUGUAUGGCUUGUCCUGCAAUGUAAGGUCGCAAAUAUUUAUUUAUAUUCUUAUUUUCAUAUCUGUAUAAAUCCAUGUACAAUUCAGAACAGUUUUGUUCUAUAUAAUAUAUAAUAUACGAGAGGAAAUUUUCUUGGGGAAACAAAA